AAAUACCUAUUUCUGGAAGCAUCGGAGCAGAAGGCAGGUGAGGGAGCCAUUCUGGUCAGUAGUAUAAUUGGUCCUGGUAAAUCUAUUUGUGUACAGUUUUGGUAUCACACGAAAGGAAAGGAUGUCGGAAGCUUGAAAGUCUACAUUCAAACAAAUCAAACAAAAACGCUGGUUUGGAAUACGACAGGUGAACAAGGUGACAAAUGGAACUUUGGACAAGUUGGAUACAAAGGCGGCUUGAAGAACUACAAGGUAGGGGUAACAUUGCAACAAAUAACUUUAGGUUAAUAACUGUUCUAAAAAUUGUUAUCCAUACUAAUGGUGAUCUUUUAUUACCGAGAUUUGACAAUCAGAAAACGAGAGGGCUAGUCAGACGUUGUUGUUGUUGCUGUGGAUUGAUGAUAUGAAGUAAGAAAGUUCUCGACCAUAAUACGCAAGGCUAUGGGCAGAUAGUUCAGUCACGAAUUGACUGAUUCUCCCCUGGUAACCAUUUUAAACUUGACUGGAAAAUUUGUAAUGACAGUGCGUAGGACCGCAAGUGAGCUUACGUCACUCAAUUUAACUUACUGUAUAGAAUGACAAAUCCUUUAUAAGCGAGGACAGAUCUCGUUGUUGAGUGAUAUGGCAAUAAUAAAUUUGUUCGUUGAACUGAGAUAUGGCACCUUUAAACUCGUCUGAUUCCUCUUUCCAGGUCAUCUUAGAGGGGGUUGUUGGUAGUGGAAUUUACGGAGACAUUGCCGUUGAUGAUCUAUCCUUACUUAGCGAAAAUAUAUGUGACACCAUAACGGGGAAUGGUUAGUUUACCAUUACUAAACUUAGUUAAAUCCUACUAAACGUCUGGCCGUACGAAGAAAGCCUCAAUUAGGGCUUGAACCUAGUACAGUCGAACUUGAAAUAUGUUAAAUGGUAUGAUUUAUAGUACUAUUCACAAUUUCGCAUUGCCCAUAGUACGUAGUGUUUGCCCCCACUCUCCAAUUUGUUCCUAACCAUUGUUACCAAUUUCUUCUGGGCAGGGCAAUAGUCCCUGAAAGAAAGAAAAGAAACCGAGAAGAAUAUGCGUGUGCAAGAUUUUGGGGACUAAACAGAGCGCAUUAUGAGCAGUGCGAAAAUGGUGAAUUCACUGAAUUCUAAAGUAUCAUUUACUGACCUAGUGUCUUACAUCUAUAUUAUCUCCGGAGGCUUUGAGAAGGUCCUGGUCGUGAUAGAUUAAAACCACUUAAUAUGUUCGAAGACACAGGUUAAACGAAUGUGUUCACGUUACCGUUUUAUUUUGAACUGCUGUAUUUAACAGAGCUUCCCGGAUGUCUAUUUGAGCAGGAUCAUUGCGCUUGGAAGACGAGUGACAACUGGCGAAUGAGUAAACUUUCCCCCUUGAAAUUUUUGGAAGAGGAUUGGCAAAACACCCUCGGUACGUAUAUUGCCCCUCUGCGUUUUAAUUAACCAAAUUGAGCAUUUCCCUGUAAAUUCCUUAAACGUGAUAUUCUGCAGGAGGAUUUACGUAUUUGCAAGGUUGUUCAUGGACUAACAAAGAAUCGGAAUGCUAUGGGACUUUGAAAAGUCGACGCAUUUUGCCUGAAGCAGGUUGGAAUUGUAUGCAGCUCUGGUAUUAUCUUGAAACCAUCGGAUCUAGUUCUCUUAAGGUGUCUUUAAUAAUCAAUGAAACCAAAGCCAUUUUGUGGAGUUUAGUCUCUCAUCAAGAUCAAGGAAAAACUGGACAUUGGAUGUAUCUUCGCUUGCCAAUCGACGCUGGCUCAAGGCCAUACCAGGUGAAUACCAUAGCUAAAUAAAAAUCUCUAAAGCUAUUGGAUUACAAAAAUGCUUCGUUCGCUCAAUUUGGGUUGAUGCUGCGCAACCCAGUCCUAAGUUGGAAAAGAAGGAGGCAGCCGACCUGAUUCUACCAAAAUUAAAAUAUAACUGAUUCCUGUUUACUUCAUCGGAUGUUUUGGUACCGAUAGUUUCCCGACAAGCAUCAUUUACAAUAUGAUAUAGUUUCACUUAACGGACAAAAGAGGCUAAACAUGCCAUAAAUUACGGACCAAACUGCCAAGAUUAAAAAAAGGAUUUUUGUUUGAUUGCAUGUUUUUCCAAGUUUUUGUUUAUUGAUGGGCAAGCAUUUGAGGCUUACUGUAUUUGCAAGUUAUAAGAAGCUUCCCUACUAAAACGAAGAAACAACUAUUGAAAGAUAGGUGGCCGGAGCUGCAAGUUAUGUUGCCUUUUGUCUUACCGAGAAAACACUUCAGUAUCAUGACAAGUGUGAAGUCUUUGACGUUUAGUCUUUUUCGGAUGUAACUAGGUCCUUCUUGAAGGGCAGACGUCCUCGAAGCAGGCAUUCCUUGCCGUGGAUGACAUAGCUUUUCAAACCGAAGGAUGUGAAGUAAUUCCCUGGCAAGGCAAGUGUGAUUCACCCAGUUGA